UACCCGCCAUUAAAAGGAAGAAGAAGAAGAAGAAGAAGAAGAAGACGUUCGACGGUAGUUACGCCAUCAUCCCGCGCCUGUUCGCGAAGAUGGCGUCGGUCGAUAACUUGCUGGGGAUCUCGUGGGUAGACAGUGGCUGGGUGCCCAUCCUGAACCCCAGCAAUGUGCUGGAGUAUUUUUCUGAGAGGAGUAACCCUUUCUAUGAUCGCACCUGCAAUAACGAGGUGGUGAAGAUGCAGAGAUUAACACUGGAUCACCUCAAUCAGAUGGUUGGUGUGGAAUAUAUUUUGCUUCACGCUCAGGAGCCAAUUCUGUACAUCAUUAGAAAACAGCAGAGACAGUCACCAACACAAGUGAUCCCCCUUGCUGACUACUACAUCAUAGCUGGAGUGGUGUAUCAGGCACCUGAUCUAGGAUCAGUCAUCAGUUCCAGAUUGCUCUCAGCGGUUCAUGGGAUCCAGUCAGCAUUUGAUGAAGCAAUGUCCUUCUGCAGGUAUCACCCAUCCAAAGGCUACUGGUGGCAAUUUAAAGACCAGGAAGAGAAAGAGAGGGUAAAGCCUAAAUCAAAACGGAAGGAAGAGCCCAGUUCUUUGUUCCAGAGGCAGAGAGUUGACACACUGCUAUUGGACCUACGCAAUAAAUUUCCUCCGACUUUCUAUCAGCAAAAACCAGGAGAGAAGCCUGUCCCAGUGGAGGUAAAGAAAGAGCCAGAGGUACCACCCGAGACCGUAAAGCCACAAGAAGAGAAGGAGACGAAACCUCCAGCCCCACCUGGACCUGCCAGGCCAGCCCCGCCUACGCCCAACAAACCACCACCUGAGAAACGUGCUCGCCUGCAGUGAUAUAAACAUUCAUGCUGGCUUACCCGAUUUAGCCUCAGUAUGAGGUUGUCUACGACCUUGAUUCAUUAUUGGAGUGCUGCAUAAAACAAACAAACAUGCCUCAGGACUGUGUUACUGUAUAUAAAUAUGCUUUAUACUCAUUUUUGUAAUAAGGGAAAACAAUGUUCUGUAUUUUAUUGUCUUUAUUUCACUGUUACCGUGUUUAUUGUGCCAUUGACUCUUACAGGCUGACAUACAGAGUGAGAAUUAAUGCUGUCAGUGAUCUUGAUUGCAUGAUUUUGUUUUCAUGCAUAUUUUGUACAGCCAUUUAACUAAUUAUUAAAUUUCAGUCUUUGUA